GCCCGCCUCACCUGCGCCAGCCUCCGCUGCGCUCGCGGCCGGGGGGCGGCGCCCAGCGGCCCCGUUACCAGGCAACGGGCUGCCCGGGCGCGAAGCGGCGGAGCCGGAUGCGUGGGGGAGGCAGUUGGGAGAGAGGCCUUGAACAGCAGACAUGAGCCCCGAAAGGCAUCCUGAGGAAGGGGACGACGUCGACUCCGUUCUCCUGUCAGCGGCUAAGAUCCUCAAGUCCUCCGAGGGAGGAAAGGAAGGUGGCGGCAGCGACGCAGAAUAUGGCUGCUUAUCAGAGUCAGAAAAUCAAAUCCAACCACAAUCAGCAUUGAAAGUCCUUCAGCAUCAGUUGGAGUCAUUUCAGGCUCUGCGAAUGCAGACUUUGCAGAAUGUCAGCAUGGUACAAUCUGAAAUCAGCGAAAUAUUGAACAAAAGUAUUAUUGAAGUAGAAAACCCACAGUUUGGCUCAGAAAAAAAUCUAGCAUUCAGCACACACAAUGAAAAGGAUUUGGAAGAAUGGGCUGACAGAGGUGAAAAUAAGGAAAUUCCUGUCCUGAAAACCUUGAAAGAUCCUAAAGAGAAGCAAGAAGUCACUUCUGUGGAGAAAAUCCAUCAUUUUGAGGAUUUCAGAACUCUUCAUUCAAAGGAAGAAAAAUUCAGCAGCGACAGUGUUAACAGUCUCUCUCAAUGUAUAAAUGUUCCAACCCAGAUACAUCCCAAGGAUAUAUUAACUCUGAGAACUUCAAAAGAUAAUUCAGCUUCAAACAUAAUUAUGAAUCCUUCAGAAAAUUCUGACAUGUUGAAAAAUCAUAACAACUUUUAUAGCUUUCUACCUUCUGUGCCUCAACAUGUGACAUCUCAAGCUGACCCAGGAAUUCUGGAUAAAUCCACAAUUACUGUGCCUUUUCUCAACCAUGGAUUUUGUGCAAAUUUAGAUGAUAUUUGCCACUCUAUCAAACAAAUGAAGGAAGAGCUUCAAAAGUCACAUGAUAGGGAACUAGCACUUACAAAUGAACUUCAAAUUUUAAAAACUGAUACAAAUAUUCAAAGUAGUGGUAAAUAUGACCUGUCCCCCAUACACAAGGAAAGAACUAACUUUAUUAAGGAAGAAAACAUGGAAGGUAAUUUAAAUGAAGAUAUAAAAUCAAAGAGAAUUUCAGAAUUAGAGGCAGUAGUCAACAGAUUACUCCCAUUCAGGGAAACAGUGUCAAAACUCCACUUGAAUUUUUGUAGGAAAUGCAAAAAAUUAUCUAAAAGUGAAAUACACAGAGGAAAGAAGAGUGAGAAGAACAAUAAAGAAAUUCCCAUUACUGCUAUUACAGAUUUAAAAUUCCAUUCCAGAGUUCCUAGACAUACACUGUCUUUCCUUGACCAAAUGAAACAUGAAAUGAAAGACAAACAGAGGCAACCAUUUGUAGUACAACAAGGAUCAAUAAUAUUUGAAAAUGAGAAGACAUCCAAAAUCAAUUCCGUUACUGACCAAUGUGUUGCAAAAAUUCAAUACUUACAGAAUUACCUAAAAGAAUCUAUGCAGAUACAGAAAAAAGUAACCGAACUGGAGAAUGAAAAUCUAACCCUUAAGACCAAAAUUAAACCUCUAGUCAUUACCAUGCAAUCUCUGAUACAGAAAGUUGAAACUUAUGAAAAUCAAAUUAAGAAUUUAGUUGAAGAAAACAGUACCAUUCAGUCCAAGUUAAUUAAAGCAGAAGAUGAUGGCAAAGAAUGUCUUAAAGAAUUUAAAAAAAUAAUUAGUAGAUAUAAUGUUCUUCAAGGCCAAAAUAAAACUCUAGAGGAAAAAAAUAGUCAACUUUCUAUAGAGAAGCAACAAAUGAUGGACGCAUUGGAUCAACUAAAAAGUAAGGAUCAUAAAACUCAAAAUGAUAUGGCCAUUAUCAAUAAUGAAAAUAAUCGAAUGAAUAUAGAAAUGGAAGCAAUGAAAACAAAUAUUCUAUUGAAACAAGAGGAGAAAGAAAUGUUAGAGAAGAAAACAUUCCAGCUUCUAAAGGAAAAAAGCUCACUUGAAAAUGAAAUGAAAGAAAAUAAACUAGAGAUCAUGCAGCUAAGAGAGAAAGAAAGAUUGGCAAAAACUGAACAAGAGACACUUUUACAAAUAAUAGAAACAGUGAAAAAUGAAAAACUAGAUCUUGAAACAGCACUACAAGAAUCUACUGCUGCUAGAAAAAUGAUGGAAAGAGAAAUUGAGAAUAUUCAGGCCUACCAAUCUACUGCAGAAGAGAAUUUUCUGAAAGAAAUUAAAAAUGCAAAAUCAGAAGCAAGUAUAUAUAAGAAUAGCUUAUCAGAAAUUGGCAAGGAAUGUGAAAUGUUAUCAAAAAUGGUAAUGGAAAUUAAGACAGAUAAUCAGAUUCUAAAAGAAGAACUAAAGAAACAUAGUCAAGAAAAUCUGAAAUUUGAAAACAGUAUCAGUAGGCUUACUGAAGAUAAAAUACUUUUAGAAAACUAUGUAAGAAGCAUAGAAAAUGAAAGAGACACCUUGGAAUUUGAGAAACGGAAUCUUCAGCGAGAGUAUUUAAGUUUAAGUGAUAAAAUCUGUGCUAAGCAGAAUGACCCAUCAAAAUCAGCUUACAUCUCAAGAAGAGAGAAAUUCCAUUUUGACAACUAUGAUACUUAUGAAGACACUUCUAGUCCUAGAAGUAGGCCUUUACCUCCUGAUGUGAAAGGAAUUCCAAGUAAACUCUAUCAAUUGCUUCCAUCCAAGAUAUGUAAAUAAACGUCCAAAAUCAAUGUUUCAAAAAA